AUGUCGGUCCAGGAUGACCCCAAGAUCCUCGCCGACGCGCUCAAUGUUGUCAAGGUCCAGACAGUCCAGCUCAAGCGGUGUCUCGAGGCCGAAGAGAUCAUGGAGGCGCUCAAGGCCGCGUCGACCAUGCUGUCCGAGCUGCGUACAUCGUCCCUCUCGCCCAAACAAUACUACGAGCUUUACAUGUCGGUGUUUGACUCGCUUCGCCAUCUCAGCACGUACCUGUACGAGGCUCAUGUCGAGGGCAAGCACCACCUCGCAGACCUGUAUGAGCUUGUCCAAUAUGCCGGCAACAUUGUGCCCCGCCUCUACCUCAUGAUUACUGUCGGAUCCGUGUACAUGUCGAUCCCGGAUGCCCCCGUACGGGAGAUCAUGAAGGACAUGCUCGAGAUGUCGCGCGGUGUUCAGCAUCCUACUCGCGGCCUGUUCCUCCGCCACUACCUUUCUGGCCAGACUCGCGAUUUCCUUCCUGUCGGCAUUGAGGAUGGACCCAGUGGCAACCUGCCAGACUCUAUCGGCUUUGUGCUCACCAACUUUAUCGAGAUGAACAAGCUCUGGGUGCGUCUUCAGCACCAGGGCCACUCGCGCGAACGUGAGAAGCGCGAGACCGAGCGCCGGGACCUGCGCAUCCUGGUCGGUACCAACCUCGUGCGCCUGUCGCAGCUCGAGGGUGUCGACGUCGACAUGUACUCGAAGACGAUACUCCCUGCCAUCCUGGAGCAGGUCGUCAACUGCAAGGACGUGAUUGCCCAAGAGUACCUCAUGGAGGUCGUCAUCCAGGUGUUCACCGACGAGUUCCACCUGCACACCCUCACACCGUUCCUCUCUGCCACUGCCCAGCUGCACCCGCGUGUCAACGUCAAGAACAUUGUCAUUUCGCUCAUUGACCGUCUGGCGGCGUAUGCGGCUCGCGAGGCUGAGAAUGAGGACCCAGAUGAGAAGAAGCGCGGCGAGGAGGAGGCUGCUCGCAGGCUUGCCGACAAGGUGAAGGGCGCGCGCGACCAGCACGUUCGCCAGAGCAUUGAUGGUGGCAAGCCCCAAUCGCCCCGUCCCGCCGAGGCCGACGAGUGGGCCGGCAAGGACGACGAGGCCAAGGAGGAGGUCAAGGAAGAGGCCAAGGAGAAUGGCAGUGCCGAGACUGGCGACGAGGAGAAGAAGAAGGGGGAAGAGGGAGAGACGGCUGAGGAGCCCAAGGAUCCCGAGGAGCAGCCCAAGGAGGAGGCUGCGGUGUUGCCCAAGCCUAAGACGUUUCGUGGCAUCCCCGAGGACGCCCGCCUUUUCGAGGUGUUCUGGCAGCAGAUUGUCGAGCUUAUCAAGGCUCGCCCAGACCUUUCCAUUCAGGACAUUACCGCACUCUUUGUGUCGCUCGCCAACCUGUCGCUCAGCUGCUACCCGGACCGCCUCGAGUACAUUGACCAGAUCCUUUCGUACGCCACCUCCAAGGUGCACGAGUUCCAGCAGAGCCAGGACUUGCAUGCGCCGCAGACGACUGCCAACCUUCUGGCGCUGCUGCUCGCCCCCAUCCAGUCGUACCUCUCGGUCCUCACCCUUCUUGCGAUUCCGUCGUACACCCCUCUGCUGGCUGCUCAGCCGUACACGACCCGUGCAGCUAUUGGCCACGCCGUCGUGUCGUCGGUUCUCAAGAACAACACUCUGAUCGAAACUACGGUCGACGUCGAGGGUGUUCUUGGCCUUUGCGCGGUGCUCAUCCGCGACCAAAAGGACGCUACCGGCGCCCAGGGUCCCGCGGCACGCAGGCAGCCUGUCGACCUGCGUGAGAUGGCCGAGGAACAAGGAUGGGUUGCGCGCAUGGUGCACCUCUUCCGCUCCGAAGACCUUGCCACGCAAAACGACCUGUUGCAGACUGCCAACCGCAUCUUUGCCGACGGUGGCGAGAGGAUACGCUGGACGUUCCCGCCCCUCAUCGCCAGCAGCAUCCAGCUGGCGCGGAGGUUCCGCGCGCGCCAGGCCGAGGAGAAGGACUGGGAGACUCGCGUGUCAUCGCUGUUCAAGUUUAUCCAUCGCCUAAUCUCUAUCCUGUACAACAAGGUCGAGGCGCCCGAGACGUGUCUGCGACUCUUCCUCCUGGCCGCUCAGGUCGCCGACGACUGUGGUCUCGAAGAGCUCACGUACGAGUUCUUCGUCCAGGCCUUUGUCAUUUACGAAGAGUCCAUCUCCGAGUCUCGGGCUCAGCUCCAGGCUAUUACGGGUAUCAUUAGCACGCUCCAGGCUUCGCGCGUGUUUGGUCCUGACAACUAUGACACGCUCAUCACAAAGGCGGCGCUGCACGGCUCCAAGCUCCUCAAGAAGAGCCACCAGGCCACAGCGGUGCUGUACGCAUCGCACAUGUGGUGGCAGGGCGACGAGGCCGGCCGCGAACCCCGCACCAAGCCGCCUCUCAGGGACGGCAAACGCGUGCUCGAGUGUCUCCAAAAGUCGCUCCGCAUCGCCACGGGCUGCAUCGACGAGCUCACUUCGGUCCAGCUGUAUGUGGACGCGCUGGACCGUUACCUUUAUUACUUUGAGCAAGGUGUCGAGGCCGUCACGCCCAAGUACAUCAACAGCCUGGUCGAGCUCAUCACAUCCAACAUUGAUUCCGUGCACAGCACCGACGUGCACCCGUCGUCUGCCAGCCCGCCCGGCCUGGUUGACGGUGUCAACACGCCCGACAUGAUUGUCAAGCACUUUAAGAACACGCUCCGUUACAUCCAGAGCAAGCAGAGGCAACACGCCGGACGGGGCAGCGACGAGGAGGAGGGCGAAGAGGGCGAGGACGGCGAGCGCGGCAAACCUGUAGACUGGAGCGCUGUCGACGUCGUCGGCGGCUCCCUCAAGAUGGGCAUGUCGCAGUAA